AUGGCAAAGGAAUAUAAAACAACAACAACAACAAACCUUUAUUCAACAAAAUUAUAUAUUCAAUUAUUUUAUAAUACUAGUUUGGAAUAUAUUAUUUUAAAUGAUUGGAAUGAUCUUUUAAAACAUAAUUUUAAUAUUAAUAAUAUGAUUCAAACUAUAUUAUAUAAUAAUAUUUUAUCAACAAAUUAUGAUCAAGAUUUGGAAAUAAUUAAAUUACAAUAUCAAUCUUUUCAAUUUAUUUUUAAAAAUUAUCCAAAUCAAUUUAAUUUUGAUCAAUAUAAUCAAUCAAUUCAAUCUCUAUUUAAUAAUAAUAAUAUUUGUAAUAUAUAUAUGACAGUUUGGAUUAUUGGAAUUUAUUUUUAUUUUACAAGAAUAUUACCUUUUCAAUUGGUUUGUGAAAGAUUGAUUCAACCAUUGAUUGAAUUAUUUUCAUUUGGUCAUUUGGUACAUGAAUCUUUAAUCAAUCAAUUGGUAUCAAAUUCUCGGUUUGAUUUGGCAAGAGGAUGGUUAACAAAUUCAAUAUAUGUUCCCAAGUUUAAACCAAAUUUAGAAACAACCAUCACUCUAAUGUCACUUGGUCAUUUUGAUUUGGUUGAUAUUCUUUUUCAAUAUAAAUCAAACUAUGAUUUUAUAUUUUCAAAUCUUGACACCAUCAUCAAAAUCCAAUAUUUGAAAAUGAUGAUCAAUUGGAAUUUAAUGGUAAAUGCUGCUGUCAAUGAUAAAAGAAAAUCAAUCAUUUCUCAUUUAUAUUGGUAUUUUUUGGAAAAUCAAAAUGAUAAAUUUAAAGAUCAAGAAAUGGAAACCUAUUUUACAAUCAAUAUUGACAAGAUGGUAAAAGAAUUUGAUUUUCCGUUUUUAGAAAAGCUGAUGGAUCUUGGUUUACCUUUGGUGGUGGAAGAUGUGGAAACUUGGAGAUUGGUUGGUUUACAUGGUUCGGUAGAGUGGGUAGAGAAAAUACUAUUCAAAUAUACAGCGCCAACGUUUAGACAAUAUCCAUAUUUGUCGACAACAAGAUUGGCUGCUGAAAAUAAUUUAAAUACCGAAAAUAGAUUGGCUAUUUUACAUUUUAUUGAUCAUUUGGAUAAAUAA